AUGGCGACGACGACGGACGCCCUCGUGGGCCUCGGCGUCGACCUCGGCACGUCCGGCGUGCGCGUCUGCGUCGUCGAGCGCGGCGCUCGGGGCGUGUCGAUCCUCAGCGAGGGGGCGACGCGCUGGACCGACGACGAGGGCCGCGAGCCCGCCGUCUGGCUGCGCGCCCUGCGCGAGACCAUCGCGAAAUGCGACGACGCCGCCGUGGCGCGCGUCGGGCGCGUCGCCGUCUCCGGCACGUCCGCGUCGACGCUGCUCGUGGACGGCGCGACGGGCGCGGUGCGGCGGCCGCCGAUGAUGUACUCCGACGCCGUCGGCGGCGACGCCGGCGCCGCGGCGCUCGGCGCCAUCGACGCGCACGCGCCGCCGGGCCACACGUGCCGCGGCGCGACGUCGGCCCUCGCGAAGCUCCUGGCCUGGGCCGCCGACGCGCCGCUGGGGGCACAGGACGUCGCGGCGCACCAGGCGGACUACGUGGCGGCGGCGCUCUGCGCGGGCGUCGACGGCGAACAACUCGCCGCGCCGCCGGCGCUGCGCAGCGACUGGCACAACGCUUUGAAGAUGGGCUUCGACGUCGUGGAGCUGCGAUGGCCCGCCUGGCUCCUCGAGGGCGCGAUGCCCGCGGUCGGCGCGGCGCCGGCCGCCCUCGAGCGCCUCGGCGUCCUGCGCCCCGGCGUCGCCGACGAGCGGCGCGCGGUCUCCGAGGCGGCGGCGGCGCACUGGCGCCUGCCCGAGGGCGCGGCCGUCGUCGGCGGCACGACGGAUUCCAUCGCCGCGUUCCUCGCGUGCUCCUGCGACGCCGCGGCGGGCGUCGUCCGCGUCGAGCCCGGCCGCGCGGUCACGUCCCUCGGCUCGACGACGGCGCUCAAGCUCGUGAGCGACGUGAAAAUCGACGACGCGGCGACGGGCAACCCAGCUCACUGCCUCGACGACGCGUGGCUCGUCGGCGGCGCGUCGAACGCGGGCUGCAAAGUCCUCCGCGACUUUGCCUUCGGCGACGACGAGCUCGCGGCGCUCUCCCUGACGCUCGACGCGGCGCGCACCAACGACGCGGGCAUCUACCCGCUCUCCAAAACCGGCGAGCGCUUCCCGUUCAACGACGCCGCGAAGGAGCCGAAGCUGCCCGGCGGCGACGACCGCGAGGCCGUGCUCCACGACCUCCUCGUGGGCAUCGCCGACGUCGAGCGCCUCGGCUACGCGGCGCUCGCGGACCGCGGCGCGACGCCGCUCCGGAGCGUGCAGACCGCGGGCGGCGGCGCGAAGAACCCGCAGUGGCGCGCGCUCCGCGAGGCCAUGCUCGGCGUGCCCGUGGUCGGCGCGGAGAACACGGACGCGGCCUUCGGCGCGGCGCUGCUCGCGCUGCGCGAAGCGUAA